GUUGCAUAUCGAUGCGCAAAUGAACAAAACUUUAAGUUCAAAAAGGACGAAGCUCCCGUCAAAUGCUGAAAACACUGAGCAGUAUUUAUAUCUCCCAAUGUCCUGUUUUGUUGAAUAACUAGCUAUAGAUAUGGUUGCAACAACAGUUGAUUAUGCCGAACAUUUCUGGGGCCAGAAACACCAUGGAUAUCAUGUUUUAUACGAGAAUCUGAAACAUGAAGAAGAAUCCGUACAAGAAUUUGCACAAUUUGUAAAGGAAAGAGCAGCAUAUGAAGAGGAAUGGAACAAAUUUUUGAGUAAAUGUAUUGCUAAGACGAAUGGGCUGGCUGCACCGAGUUUGUUGUUUUCAAAUGCAUGGCUUGUAACGAAGAAUACAAUGGAGCUUUUAACAGAAAUACAUGCAUCCUUUUAUAUUAGCUUGCAACAUCUAUUGAAAGAUGUUUUCAAAUACCACGAUGAUUUGGUACGGUCGAGGAAAAAAAUGAAGGAACAAGAUGUUGUAGAUGCAGUAAAUUUAAUGCAAACCACUACUACAUGUCUGCAAAAGUCGAAAGAAACAUACGCACAACGGGUAAAUGAACUGGAACGUUUAAAAAAAGAAAAUGCCACACCGAAAGACGUUUCAAAGGCUGAAAAUAAGUUAAACAAAUCACGAGAUGAAUAUAAGAAUUAUGUAGAUAAGUAUGGGCGUGUACGAGCUAAUUUUGAAGAGAAAAUGCUUAAAGCAACGCGCCUAUUUCAAGCACAUGAUCAAGCCUUUUUAUUCCAAAUGAAAGCGUUUAUGGCAGCAUUUGCGCGUACAUUAGACGAGUCUGCAUCUGCUACAUCACAGGUAUGCACUCUGUAUCGGGAUUCGGUUGAUAAUUUGGACAUUAACGGGAUGUUGAUUAAAUUUGUUGAAACAAAAGGGACAGGCAAAGAUCGGCCAGAAUUUGCCGUUUUUGAAGAAAUUGAUACUGCUAAAGAUAUUAAUCCACCGGAUCUUGUAUUGGCGCCAUGUUCUUCUGAUUUACCAACAGCUGCCUAUAAGUCAGCUCCUGCGGAUGGACACCUAUCUAUAGUACACAAUUUGAUGACACUUGAUACCAAUACGUUUGAUGCCUGGAAUAGUGAAAUUAGUGUUUUGAAAGUUCAGCCUUCUCCAGUAGCAAGCGAUAGCAGUUCAUCUACCGCGGCAAAUAUUGGUCCUGGAUCAAUGCCCUUUUCAGCUUCAUUAGGCCGGCAGAAAUUGUCUUUAUGGUUGCCUGGCAAACGGAAGAAGUAUGCGUCGCAAAGCAGCCUGCCAUCAUCGGAACCCCCACAUCAAGAAUUUAGUCACAGCCAGUCAGAGUCUUUGAGUUUCCUGAAGAAAUAUCGAAACAAACAUAAGAAGUCAAAUACCGACAUCACUGCAUUCAACAUGGACGGUCCAACCACGGAAGACUCGAAAAGCACUGCAAGUAGUAGCAAGAGCGAAGAAAAACCUUUUGUUGUAACAAAUGGUUCUCUUAACAUAUUGGAUGUGCCUGUAGCUGUGCCAUCGUCCCCUCCUACUGUACCACCACCGGAGGAUAAUGAUGAUGAAGGUGCCGGUGAUAAUUUUGGUCGAUCACGUUGGAGUAGCUGCACUGAGUCUUCAGACGAUGAUGAAGAUCUACGGCAAGCAGCGAAAUUGCGUCACAUAAGUAUUAAACCUCUUAGUGAAUCCAAGAGUAACAUUACCGCAUCGGUUGAUGAGCUUCGGGACGCGAUCGGAAAUAUUGUAUUACAUUCUACAAGAUUCAGCAGAAGCAGCACUUUUGAUUGUGAUCCAUGGUCAUCUACACGUCGUUCAACACAAUUCAAUGCAUGUUUGGAAGGAAUUGUUCAACCACUUCGUGCUGCGCUUACUGGUGAUGAUCAUAUUCGUGGAAAACACUUGGAUCCCUAUAAUUCAUCAUUACCAUUUUCUUUUUCGAUGUCUGGUUCAAAUAUAGUUCGAGCACGACCGCACAGUAGUACCCCAACACCUGGAGUAUCUAGCUUGGCACUGCAAACAUGUGAUCACUCAUCAGUUCAGCAUUCUGCUCGAGUGGAAUCGAUGGGAAGUGAACAGACGUUUUCUCGAACCGAAUCAGCCUUAUCUUCGGAACAUUCUUUGUCUACUGAAACACCUUUCGCGAUGUCAGCAUCGAAUUUAUUGAGCGCUUCAGCCACGAUAGCAGAGAAUCGUAUCCCGGUUGCAAUGGCAAUUAAUGAGUACAUACAUGCGUGGUUCAGAGGAACAGAUUCUGCAAAGACAACAGUUCGGGUUUUCGGUUCAGUUCUUGUGUCGUUCCCAGCUACUGUAGUUCCCGCUUUAACUGACCUCACCUCUGACAUUGAUCCACUUAUCGUAACGUUGAAAAAUGCUGAUAAAAUCAAAAGUAUUUCUCCGAACAAUCAGUUGAUUUCACAAGUUAUCGACGCUUUUGCUGCACCAUACACGUUCACAUUUGAGAAAACUCAGUUAGCUGAGUGGUUGUCUGCUCGAAAGAUUGAAAAACCAGAUUCUCAGUUUUUCAAUAUAGAGGUCUUGACGUAUGAAUUAAAAGAGCCAACAGUUCCACCACUUGCUUUGAUAGUCUACUGGAAAUUGGAAGCACAGAAUACGGAUUUAAGAAUUGAUUAUCGAUUAAAUAUGGAUAGCAGUAUCGACUGCUCUCUUGUGAAUGUUGUUUUCACUACAAAGGUAGAGGGCUCUGUAGUCAGUGUUAUUGCAGAACCUAAUGCAGAAUGGUCACCUUCGAGCAACACAGUCUCUUGGAAACUGGCUGAACUUUCUCGAGAUGGUGAAUGUAGCGGAUCAUUGAAAGCAAGACUUUCACUUUCCGGUGGUCCGGCAAUUGCUUCGCAGACCUUUGUUCAAUUCCAAACAUCAGGUGUAACUAUUUCUGGUGCGGAUGUAACUAUUACAAGCGACGAUUUAUAUCACUUAUCUAUGGUACGAAGAAACGUUUUCUCGGGCAAAUAUUUUUGUGAUGCUGAAAUCCGUAGUUAAUAUCCCCUUUAUGAUUAUAUGCAACAUCUUAAUUAAACUGUAAUAAAAUUAUUGUUUUCACCCUGACAGUAUUCCUUUCCACAUAUCCACAUAGCGUUAAUAUGAGACAAAAUGACAUCGGAGUAAAG